AUGAGUGAGAUUUCAGUUUCUUUUAAUCGUCUUUCAUUGCAAUGUAUUAAAUGCUUCUAAUUAAAAACAAGGGUGACAAAAUGGAAAAAAACACUAUUAAAAUGUCUUUUUGGAUUUAAUCUAUUGAUUUUUGAACAAUCAGUAAAAAUUCAGAGAGUAAGGUCAAAAUAAAAAGAAGUUGAGAUGAGUCAUUCUACGCUGAAAGAGGGCCGGAUUGGGCAUUGUCACAUCCAAAAACAGCGGAGUUCGUGAGAUUGCUUGAAAAAUAUCGACGGGAGAGAAAGGCGAAGGAUGAUGCCGGUGAGGGAAAAAAUUGAAAGUGUUUAUUCAUUUCUGGCUCGAAUCAAAUAUCUAAUAGGGUUUUAGACUUUCUUUUGAGGGAAUUCGUAUUUUAGCGGUUAAUGAAUAACAGUCCAUGUUCUAGUACAUGAGGGGGAAGAACUUUUUUUGCUCACUUUAAAUUGGAGACCAAUUUUUGUUUCUAUUUCAUGAAAAAUUCGGUUCUGAUCUACGAAGAAUCAAAUACACGUUUAAGAAUCUUUUUUUUUGUUUAAGCGGACUCAUCGAACACCGAAGCAGCUAUUGACGAAGGAAAAAUGACCGAACCACGUGAGUGAUAAACAGAAAGUUUAAAGAGGCCAUUCUCUUUAGGCUGUUCUUGAUCAGUGAAAAAAAAAAUUUCAGAAAGCCGAGAGAAAGAAACGCCAGAAGAGCUCAAAGCAGAAGCCUCGCAAGCUCCAGGACCCGCUGCUGCGCAGAAAAAAGCGAAAAAAGCUCUCGCUCGGAAGAAGAAACGCGGAGAAAAGAAACUAGUCGCACCAACCAGGGUUUCGCCCAGAAAAGUGAAAAGUAAGAAACUUCUAAUACAAAACCUGUUCAAUGAUUUUCCGGAAGCUUCACAAAAAAUCAAAACAAUAGCUGUUUUUUUUUUCAUCAAAUAUCUUUUUUCAGAGCCACAAGUGGAAAAGAAGCAAACGAAAAGACGAAAAAAGUGA